GCCAAACCGGAGGGUUUGAUUGGCGGGGCCCUGGCCAUGGCGGCUGGCGGGAAAGCAGCAGUGGGGACUGACGGAUUCUCCCGUCCGUCUUUGGAUUCCGCCCAGUGUUUUGUGCUGUGUUCAAGUUCCACCCCGCCUCUCGGCCUGGAGCUGCAGCUGCAGCUCGGUGGACCAGAGCAGCAAGGAUGGAGACCCCAAACCUUGGGGACAGCUCAGCCCCCUCCAGCACCCCCAGAGAGAGCCUAGUUCCAGACCCGCCUUGGGACCUCUGCAAGGAGGAUGUAGCCGCUGGACUGGGAAGAACAGAAGACGGAAAGGAACCGGUGAUAAGCAGCGAGGGUAGCCCCCUUCCCCAGGAACCUGCUGCUGCUACUCAGUUUAACGGUCCUGCAGAAACAGAACGCCAGGAGCCCCUCGUGUGUGGAUGGGAGAGAAUUGUGAAGCAAAGGCUGUCUGGGAAAACUGCAGGCAGAUAUGACGUAUACUUCAUCAGCCCACAAGGACUGAAGUUCAGAUCGAAGCGUUCACUUGCUAAUUAUCUUCUCAAAAAUGGAGAGACUUUUCUUAAGCCUGAAGAUUUUGAUUUUACUGUGCCUUCUAAAGGGGACAUCAGAUCCGAUUAUAAAGAGCAAAGCUUGGUAGCUCUGACGUCGCAGCAGUCACAGCAGCCAGAGGAAAGCAGCAUCUCACACCACAACCUCAGGACACGAAGCAAGUUGCAAACCCAUGUGUUGCCUUCACCCAGUGGUAAUUCAGAGACCCCAGGUAGCAGCAGACUGUCCAACUCCAGAAAGCCCAAAAGAAAGGCGGCUGUUUUGAAAGGAAUUGGAAGUGAGAAAACCAAACAAAGGUGCAGGAAGAGUCUCUCGGAUUCUGCACGAAGUACCAGAAAAAGAGAAUCUGUGGUUCAGAAAGCAGGCGCUGAAAGUGAGCUGGUUCCACCGGAAUGUCUGUGCCCUGCAGAUGCCUGCUCCAGCCAAGGGACUGUCAGCGUGGCUGGGGAAGAGAAGGGCCUGGGUACAGAAAAGCCACCGAGUGCAGGGUCAGAUCUUCAUCCCACGCAAGUAGCUUCUGGCAUCACAAACAAAUUGCAUUCAACGGAAGAAGCAGGUGAUACGAACCGUGAGCAAAUUUUUUUAGAAGCAGAGGAAAUCAGAUCGAAGGGAGACCGAGAGGGGGAGGCGCAUUUGCAUAUCGACGUUUUACAGGGUGACUCUGAAAUGCCCGGCUGCUCCCAAGCCAAGAAACGCCUUACUUCUGACACACUCCGAGAAGACAGCAGCCCACGAACACAAGUAGAAAAAAGGAAAACAAGCCUGUAUUUUUCCAGCAAGUACAACAAAGAAGCUCUUAGCCCCCCACGACGAAAAGCCUUCAAGAAAUGGACUCCUCCUCGGUCACCUUUUAAUCUUGUUCAAGAAACACUUUUCCAUGAUCCCUGGAAGCUCCUCAUUGCGACUAUAUUUCUCAAUCGGACCUCAGGCAAGAUGGCCAUCCCUGUGCUUUGGGAGUUUCUAGAGAAGUACCCUUCAGCCGAGGUGGCCCGAACUGCUGACUGGAGGGACGUGUCAGAACUUCUUAAGCCUCUCGGUCUCUAUGAUCUCCGUGCAAAAACCAUUGUCAAGUUUUCAGAUGAAUAUCUGACGAAGCAAUGGAGGUAUCCGAUUGAGCUUCACGGGAUUGGUAAAUACGGCAACGACUCGUACCGGAUCUUUUGUGUCAAUGAGUGGAAGCAGGUGCACCCUGAAGACCACAAGUUAAACAAAUACCAUGACUGGCUGUGGGAAAACCAUGAGAAAUUAAGUCUGUCUUAAGCCAGCUGUCUGGAGUUUUCUAUGCACUGCUUUGUGCUUCCAUCCCUAAAAGCACUGUGUACAGUGAGCUCCCUCCCACAAGUUGAUCUUAGUCAAUUAGUGUUGUAGACAUAUUCUUAAUGUGAAAAAGUAACUGUUGGGAGCUGCAGAGAUGGCUCAGCGGUUGUCCAGAGGUCUUGAGUUCAAGUCGGUGGCUCACAACCAUCUGUACCCUCUUCUGGUAUGCAAUCACACAUAAGGCAGAAUACUGUAUACAUAAUAAAUAAAUCUUUUUAAAGAAAAGAAAAAGCAGCUGAUGGGAAACGAUCCUAAAAGUGCAUUUUGCUUUUCCAGUGAUGUACAGUGUGUUGGUGCUGAGAGCCAAUUUUCCACACUCCUGCUGAGGAAAGACCGAUCAUGUUUUCUCUUCCUGUACAAAGUGGUAUUAAGGUAUACGACUGUCAUAUGAAGAAAGAACCUGCCAUUCUUAUGGAUAUCACAGUGUCAUAGUUUAAACAGUGACACAUUUACCUUAGAAAAUAAAAACUAAAUCGACCAACACAUAGUGGUACCCACUGUAAUCCUGGCACUCAGGAGACUAAGGCAGGAGGAUGGAAAGUGAGGGCCAGCCUGUACUACAUAGAGAGGAAAAACCAAACAGGGCAGGGUAGUGAAGUGGCUCAUUAAAUAAAGUCACUUGUGCUAAGCCUUACGACCUGAGUCCCAUCCCUGGGACAACUUGUGGGUUGACCUCUGACCUUCACUUGAACUCACAUAUACAUAUCACAUACAUAAGAAAAAAUUUAAGAAAUAGUCUGGAGAGAGAGAUGGCUCAAUAGCUUAGUGUGCUUGCUGCUCUUCCAGAGGACCCCGAGUUCAGUUUUUAGCACCCUCAUCGGGCAGCUCACAACAGCUCCUAGGAAUCUGUGGCCCUCUUCCAGCUUCAUUGGUACCUUUGCACAUGUGGCAUGUAUGUGCAUAUACAUGAAAACCUAACGGAAAAAUUAAGUCCUGAUUAUUAAACACUAUUUUAAGAUGUAAUUUGAAAAUCAAAUUAUGCCUCUCCCCUCUCAUCCGCUCAUAAUGCAUAAUAUUGCAUCCCAUUUUUCGUUAAUAAAUUAUGUUAUGAUACAUUCAGCACCAGAGAUUCACCUAUACUAAUCGUGGUGGUACACUACUAUAAUCCUAACAUGUGGGAGUUUGGAGAGGGUCAUCAAGUUCAAGGUCAACCUGGUCUACUUUGUAGUUUCCAGGACAACUUGGGGUAUAUGUCUCAAAACAAAACAAAAAAAAACAAAACCUAAAAAUUCACUAGUGGCACACACAGUAAGAAUAUGUAUAUGUAUGCACACACACACACAUAUAUUCCUAGCACUUGUAAUGCUGAGGCAGGAGGACCACUGUAAAUUCAAGGCAGCCUGGCUUAUGUGAGUGUGAGAGCAGCUUUGGCUGUACAUCUAAACCCUGUAUAAGAAAAAUACAAACUAAAGUUGUUAGACUAAAUAAAACUGUUUGGAUAAGUG